CAGUCUGACGCUCUCCCAACUGAGCUAUCCCCGCCUGUUGAUUUCUAUUUUCUCAACUUCUAUAGAUCCAAAAUUAGAUCAAAUUGAACGCAUAGAUUGUUAAUUUGGUAGUCGGAACUUGAAACCUGCAAUCCACCUCCACGCAGGGUUUAUUCUGUCGUCAACCUCGCCCUUCCGAAAUUUCUCCCAAAUUUUCAAAACUCCAAGUAGGGUUGCAAGUAUGGAUCCUCGACACACCGGGGAGAUAUUGAAGCAUUUGGAGAAGCAGAAUGAGUUGUUAAUGGAGGCCUACAAUUCAAUGUCUCAUGAAUUGCAUAAGCUUCAGGUAGAGGAAGAAAUGCUGAUGCGUAAAUUUUAUGAACUUAUGACUGCUCAAGGUUUAACUAAAAAGAAUUUUUUUAAUGUCAUUGCCUUUGGCAGAAUGAAAAAAAUACCAAUGUUUCGAAUGGGGAUCAAGUCAGAGACGAUUCUGUUUUACUUACUAAUAAUACAGGCGGCAAUUCUUAUGGUGGUAAGAGUGAGCAAUCAUCUGCAAUAGUCCCUGUCAAUGAUAAUGAACAACACUGAGGAUAUCAAGUUUGUUUGACUUAAUCAUGAACUACUGAAAUUUUUAUUUUUGGCCUUUUCUUGAGAAAUCCUCUUGUUCUUUCCAGUACAGCUAAAAAUUUUAUUCAAAAGUUUAUCAAGUGUAAAUCUAUUAUGUAGCCUUCUUAUCAUGUGAAGUUUUUGAAAUUAUCAAUGGAGUGGAUUCUUGGCUUUUCACGUUGUGAAAAGUAUUCUACCUUUAUUUA